AUGUCUGAUCUAUCGCGCAAAGAACCCUCUACGCAGGCUCUCCUAGACAAAGCCAGGCGCCAGAACGAUAGCAUCAACGAGGCCCUCAAUGACCCCGAGCAGAACACGACUGGCGCACAGUUUGACAAGAGCAAAUAUCCCUCUGAGGCGGUGUUUGAUAAGGGUAGCACGACCAAAGUGGCGGUCGAUGUUCCUCCUACGGGAAGGAUGGUGGAUAAGACAAGGGAUCCUGCUGGGGUUCGGUGA